AUGGCAGAUGCUAACAGAGAAACAUUAUUCGAUGAAACUGCUAAGUCUAUGCUUACAUGGAUUACUGAAGUUAGCUCACAAAUAGUUACUACUACAGAAGAAGUUACUGAAGAAAUCGGUCUCGUUGAAAUCAAUGAACAUCUCAAAGAUCAAGAACGCAAGGAUCAAGAAUUGGCUGCCAAACGCCGAAUGCUUCAAGAUAUGGCGACUCAUGCAGAAAAACUCAAAGAACAAUAUCCUGAACGUCGUGAAGAGUUUGAACAAGUUCACCAGGAAGUGCGUAUUCGUCUUACUGAAUUAGAAGCUCCUCUAGCUGAUCGCCGUGAUCGCCUUGUUAAACAAAAGAGAGUUCGUCAAUUCUUACGAGAUAUUGAAGACGAGAAGGACUGGAUUAAAGAAAAGUUGGCACUUAUUGAAGACUCAUGCAAGCUUGGAAGUUCAUUACUUGCCACACAACAACUUAUAAGACGUCAUCGCAUGCUGUCUAACGAAGUAGAUAAUCACCGUCCACGUAUUGAUGCCGUUUGUCACGAAGGCGAACAAAUGAUACUUGAAGGUCAUCCACGAAGCGAUCGAUUCCGUGAAGCCAUAGAUGAAUUAUGGGUGUUAUGGGAACAAUUACAACAUGUAGUAGGAGAAAGACAAGAACAAUUAACACGAAAUGAAGUUGCUCAGCAGUAUCUAUUCGAUGCAAGCGAAGCUGAAGCUUGGAUGGGAGAGCAAGAACUUUACUUAAUGGGUGAUGAACGUGCAAAGGAUGAACAAGGCGCUAAUAACGCAAUUAAAAAGCAUGAACAACUACAAAAAACGGUAGAGAACUAUGCCACAGAAAUCCGUGGAUUAGGUGAACGAUGCCAGGCUUUAUUGGAAGCCAAUCAUCCUGAGUCUGAAGCUGUUGUCGCUAAACAGGCACGCAUUGACAAGAUGUAUGCGGGUUUACGUGACCUGUGUAGUGAACGCCGGGCAAGGCUUGAUGAGAUUCUGAAGUUGUAUCAUCUCUUACGAGAUAUUUUAGAUCUUGAGGCUUGGAUUGCAGAACGUAUCUUGGUAGCAAGUAGUCAUGAAGUUGGUGCAGAUUACGAACAUUGUUGUUUACUUCGAGAACGUUUCACCGAAUUUUCUCGUGAAACAAAUGAACUUGGAAAAUAUCGUAUUAGUGCAGCGAAUGAAUUAUGUAACGCUCUUAUUGGUCAGGGUCACAGCGAAGCUGCUGAAAUCGCCAGUUGGAAGGAUCGAAUUAAUGAAGCAUGGGCUGAUCUACUGGAGCUCAUUGAUACACGUAUUCAACUUUUGAAAACUGCAUGGGAUCUACAUAAAUUUUUGGCAGAUUGCCAAGAUGUUCUCGAUCGUAUUGUCGACAAAGUCAGCAGUAUUCCAGAAGAAGUUGGACGUGAUGCUAAAGCUGUCGCUGCACUUCAACGCAAACACAAUACAUUUGAAUGUGAACUGGCACGUCUUGGAUCACGAGUGGAAGGGAUCGUAGAAGCGGCUAAUAGCUUACUACCGUCUUACGCCGCAGAUAAAGAGCGUCUUAUAUGUGACCGCCGGGACGAAGUUAUUCAUGCAUGGCGACAACUACAGUGUGCUGCGGAACAACGUAAAGCACGCUUACAUGAUGCCUCUGAUGUCCAUCGUUUCUUCUCUAUGGUACGUGAACUUCGUUUGUGGAUGGAUACUAUUCGUAUGGAGAUGACUACUAAAGAAAAGCCAAGGGAUGUAUCCGGAGUUGAAUUGCUGAUGAAUAGUCAUCGUAGCCUAAUGGCUGAAAUAGAUGCUCGAGAGGAAAACUUCAGCAUUUGCCUAAGUUUAGGUCGAACUCUUCUAAAUCGUCGACAUCCUCAAGAAGAAGAAGUCAGAAAAAAAUGCAUUCAGCUGGUAACUGAAAAAAUUUUGCUGAAUGACCAAUGGGCAGAGCGAUGGGAAACAUUAAGUCUUCUUAUGGAGGUAUAUGAGUUUGCUCGGGACGCUGAGAUAGCAGAUACUUGGCUUACGUCACAAGAAGCUUAUCUUAAUAACACUGAUUUGGGUGAAACGUUAGAUGAAACCUUAGCAUUGUUGAAAAAACAUUUUGCAUUUGAACGUGCAGCCGCUACACAAGAAGAACGUUUCCGAGAGUUAGAGAAACUUACAACUCUUGAAUUGAAAGCACGUGAAAGAACUCCAGAAACCGAGGCUGCCAGGCAAUUGGAAAAAGAAAGGAAAAUAGCUGAAGCUGUUAGAGAAUUUCAGCCACCUCCACCUCCUGUGUCCGUACCUGUACAAACGCCGGUUUCAGAGGCUGAUAGGCGGGCUGUGGAUAUCAGAGAUGCUGAACAAGGUAGUAGUCGUCUUCCAACGGUAACCACCCCAAGACAUGAACGUGGAAGUUCUGAUGUUGGUAAACCUGUCCCUCGUGACUUUGAAGGUGUUUUAACACGUAAACAUGAAUGGGAAACAGGCACAAAGAAAGCUUCUUCUCGCUCUUGGCAUGAGUUGUAUUUUGUCCUCUCUGCAACGUCUUUCACACUUUCUGCCUAUAAAGAGCAAAAACAUGCCAAAGAAAGACCUGGGGAUUUAUAUCGACAUGAACUCCCUGUUAAUUUAGUGGGCGCUUCCGCUGCACCUGCGUACAACUACGCCAAACGCUCUUUUGUAUUCCGUCUCAAACUUUCGAACGGAGGUGAAUCUCUAUUUCAAGCACAUUCUGAAAAACAUAUGCAUAGCUGGGUUCAAGCUAUUAAUGCAGUGGCAUCAAGUGCAAGUGGGCAACCAAUGGAGUCUUCUUCAUCUGCUGGAGGACGAGCUGCCACUUUACCUUCUGGAGUUGCUCCUGAGUCUCAAGUAGCUAGUAGCUCUUCUGCUCCCGGGAAGAAAAAGUUUUUCACUUUAGGUCGCAAAAAGUAG